AUGGCCGGGACUAAGCGUACAAACGACACUGCCGAGUCAAAGGCACAUAAAAAGGCAAAGACCACCACCAGUAUCUCCAAGCAGAGUAAAGCGGUCUCCUCGAAGCCGGAACCUCUCGAGGACGAUUUUAUCGGCUUUGAUGAUGCCGACAAGACGAAUGCUUCAGCGUCGAGAGAGGCCCAGCAGAAGAAGCAGAAGGACAAGUAUAGGCCUCAGGCAUACAAUCAUGCACAGAAAGCUGAGCCAUAUCUGAGUAUGUCCAUGGUCAUGAUUGAUACCAAUGGAGACCCUAGUUUUGCUGACCAGUCUACCAUUGCAGGCACCACAUCCCGCGAAGCACAUGCAAAGCAAAAGGCACUCGCUCUAGACCGCAAAGCCGCGAAGCCAAGUGCAGACUCGAUUGCACGGUCUAAGAAGAUUUGGGAACGGCUGCGUCGCAAAUCGCAUGUCCCGAAGGACGAGCGAGAGGUAUUGGUCAAAGAAUUAUUCGAGAUAAUAUCGGGAAAAGUGAAAGAUUUUGUCUUCAAGCACGAUGCGGUGCGGGUGAUCCAAUGUGCCUUGAAAUAUGCUACCCCGGAGCAGAGGAAACUUAUCACGAGAGAUUUGAAGGGGAGCUACAGAGAGCUGGCCGAGUCCAAAUACGCGAAGUUCCUUAUUGCCAAGAUGGUCGUCAAAGAUGACGAAAGCAGAGACGCCGUGGUGGAGGAGUUCUAUGGCCAUGUCAAGAGACUCAUCAAGCAUCCCGAGGCAAGUUGGAUUCUAGACGACAUCUACAGAGGAAUCGCAUCCAAGCAACAGAAAGCCAUUCUGCUGAGAGAGUGGUACGGGCCAGAAUUCUCCGUUUUUGCCCAAACCAACGGUACCUCUGGCGAGGUCACCGCCGACCUAUCGGAGAUCUUGAAGCAAAGUCCCGAAAAACGAGGUCCUAUCAUGCAGCAUCUGAAAGAAAUGACGAACCACCUUGUGCAGAAGAAAACCACUGGUUUCACCAUGCUUCACGAUGCGUUGCUGCAGUAUUUCCUGAACUGCAAACCGGGAAGCCCCGAGGUCGAUGAAUUCCUUGCAAUGCUACGCGAUGACGAAGAGGGCGACGUUUUCAAGAAUCUGGCCUUCACUAAGUCUGGCUCGCGACUUGUGUGCUUGGCUCUUGCAUACGGGAACUCGAAAGACAGACGGGGAAUCUUGAAAUUCUUCAAAACGCAUAUAAAACUCAUGGCUUCGGAUCAGUAUGCGCACAGAGUCCUGCUGGCAGCCUACGAGUGCAUUGAUGAUACCGUCAUGACGGCCAAGGCUAUCUUCCCCGAACUUCUUAACAAGGAUCUCGAAAAAGAUGACCGUGAACAAGAGCUGCUCGCCCAGGUCGACCAUCUAACCGCGCGCAUCCCCCUUCUAUACCUCAUGUUCCAAGAUGCCCCCAAGUGGCUGCUCCCCGAGGAGACGGUGCCGAUCAUCAAAGAAGUCCGUGAACUUCGCACCCAAACGUCGAAGAAGGAUCCGGAGACCCGCCGCACAGAGCUGCUGAAAGCCAUCUCUCAGCCGCUCCUGGACUUGAUCGCCUCGCAAACUAGGACUCUAGCAGGUUCUACCUUUGGAUCUAAGUUCAUGCUGGAGACCUUGCUCGGCGGAAUUGGAGAAAAGGAGCCUGCCCUUGCAGCCAUCGCCAGCCUGGCAACCGACGGUGAUAAGUCCGAAGAACUGACUCAGAUUAUCUCCUCGCCGCCGUUUGGACGGUUACUCAAGGGACUAGUUCAAGGCGGACGUUUCGACCCAAGCACCAAGACAGUCAAACAAGUCGACCCACCAUUGAAGUUCCACGAAUUGCUGUAUAGCCAGAUCAAAAGCCAAGGCGAUGGCGGCGACGGGGCAACAGAAAUUGUGACUUGGGCAACUGGACCGAAUUCCUUCGUCGUGGUGGCCAUGCUAGAAGCCGAGAGCUUCAGUCAUCGAGACGAAUUGGCAACUGUUCUCAGACAGAAUGCGUCUUCUCUGGACGAGGACAAUGCCGGAGAGCGGAUUAUCUUGGAGACAAUCGGGAUUCGGCCAGUAAGUGAUGCGAUGGAUAAGAAGGACAAGGAGAAUAGCAAGGAGAAGAAGAGCAAGAAAGAGAAAAAGUCGAAGAGUCAAUAG